CAUUAUCAUAUGCUCCGCCCCUUUUGUUUAUUUAUUUUAUUUAUAACCUACAAUAAUAAAAUAAUGUAGAUUUAUCGAAAAAGGUGUCCUGAAAAUGCAAUAAAAACUUCUUAUUAAGAUUACAGACCACUAUACGAUCGGCCCAAUCAAAGGUCCGACUGCGUACAAGUCAACAUGGAAGAUGAGAUAGAGGAGAUGGAGCCUCGGCCUCCGAGUGCUCGCCGGAACUUCUCUCUCCGCAACAAUGCAGCCAGACAAGUGGCCAUCAACUUCAUGCCAUCCAGGCAGCUGCCGGGCAACACGAUACGUCUUAAACGCAAUGCAUCUCACAAUGCAUUGCUCGAAGAAGCCGCCGACGCGGUCGACUCGGCAGAUCGGCAGGCCGAUAUCAUCGUGCGUGAAAUGGAACAGCAUUCCAGCCUUAUGGAGGAUAAUCCUGAGGCCGAGGAAUUGCGCAGGGAAGCCCUGCGAGAUUUGCCACAAGGCUUGACUAUGAAACGCCACGUCAGAGCCAAGCUCUCAGCCUCGGUCAGUCUCCGAUCCAAAAGCAAGCCCAUCUCUCUCUGCAAGCGGUUCAAGUACAGGAUGAGCUUUUUAUGGAAAAGGACACGCGAUCGUUUCCGUGACUUCAUCUUCUCGAUCGAGCUUUGGUACGAGCCCAUCCGCUCCAUCGAGGGCCACUUCGGCUCGGCCGUCGGGUCCUACUUCUACUUCCUACGAUGGCUGUUCAUGCUGGAUGCUUUGCUGGCCGUUAUGCUGGUCGCUUUUGUAGUAGUGCCUCAGUUAUUGCAUGACGAAACAAGGCGUGUAACUAAGAAUAUGAGUUUUCUGGACUUUGUCAGUGGAAAGGGUGCGUUGGAAGAGUCCCUACUGUUCUACGGCCACUACCACACCAGCGACGUGGCGGCGCCGGGCUACAGCAUGCCGCUCGCCUACUUCUUCACCAUGCUGUGCCUGUAUAUCAUGUUCUUUGCGCUGCUGUGCUACAGAACCGCGUUGUCAUAUCGACGGAAUUUCAUAGAGACGGCGCGGAUCGGUGGCAUGAGACAUGUGUUUGCUAGCAAGGUAUUCUGCAGCUGGGACUUCGGUAUCACCACGCGCACGGCCAAGGCGCUGCACGCCAACAGCAUAUAUAACGAGUUUAAGGAACUCCUCAACGAACAAAACAGGAAGCGAACCUCAAAGUCCUUCUGCACACGUUUCGGCCAACGACUAGCGAAUAUAGUCGUUACCGCCCUCGUAUUAGCGUUCAUAGUCGGGGUGGAGUACGGAUUCUUACUGCUUCUACAGAGGGAGAGCAAAUUGGCACAUUGGGAGAUACUGGUGUCUUUGGGAGUUACUGUAGCGGUCACUAUUUGCCCACUGUUUUUCGCUUUGGUCGUCAAGUUAGAAUACUACAAGCCCAGAACCGCCGUGUACGUGACGUUAGCACGAACGUGUUUCUUGGACAUCGGUACUCUGAUGUUGCUGCUAUACUACUGGUCUAACUCUGGAGCUGCUUGCUGGGAGACGUCGUUCGGCCAAGAAGCGUAUCGGCUGGUGUUGCUAGACGCGAUAAUAUCGCUAGUAGUGCUGCCAGUUAUUGAGUUUUUAAGAGCUUUAAUUUUUAAAUUGAACCCAAAGUCAAGAGCGCCAGAGUUCAACAUCGUGUUCAACUCGCUUACCAUAAUCUACAACCAGGGCGUGCUGUGGUUCGGCAUGCUAUUCUCACCUCUAUUGGUGGUGGCUGUCGCAUUGAAGUUCCUGUGCCUGUUCUACGUGAAGAGGGAAUGCGCUUUGAGAGCGUGCCAGCCAGCUAGAAAGAUCUGGCGCGCCGCGCAGACCCAAACGGUGCUGUACAUGUUGGUGACCAUGUCUCUCUUCUCCACGCUCUUCGGCAUCGGCACCUUGUUCCUAGGCACCAGCUCUCACUCCUGCGGGCCGUUCCAAAACUAUGAAACAGUGUUCUCCGUAUUCACGGAGGGCGUUCUGAAACUAUCCACGCGCCCUACUUUGCGCAGCAUACUGGUCUUCUUGACGCGUCCAGGCGUCAUCGGUUUCCUGGUCCUCACGCUAUGUGUUUUGGUGUACUACAUGCGAGCCAAGGCUAAAGCGCAGCACUCCAUGGUAGAAAUACUGCGCCACAUGCUGGUGCUGCAAGCCAAGGACAAGGACUUCCUGCUCAAUGCCAUCGCAAAGGUUUCCAAAGGAGAGUGGAUGUACAGUCCAAAGCCCGAGGACCCGAGCGACAGUCACACGUGGAAAUACCUAAACGAGGUCCGAAAACCUUCCAACGCGGGCUACCACUUCGACGCGUCCCGGCUCAGCCACUCGAUGCUCGGCGCGAACAAAAGUCGACCCAAUUCCUAUGUGCCGGAGAAAUCAAAGUCAAAUGACGAUGGGGAUACGGAUAACAGCUCCUUUAGCUGGCAGGGGUCGAGUUCUUGCUUGAAUAAGGAGAAUGAGAAGAAGUGGAUUUAGAUUACAAGCAAAAGUCGACCUAGUUCCUAUACGCCAGAGAAAUAAAAGUCAAAUGACGGUGGGUGGCAUAAGGGUGCCAGGAGUUAUGCAAAAUUCAACUCUAUCAAUUUGAAAUAAAGUUCAAAAUCAGGUGGGAAAAAUAUUCCCUCUGCUUUAUAAAGGCUUAACAGAUUAGGGCCCAAGCCGAAAAAAUCACCUCAUGAAAUUCAUACUAUAAUAUUUAGGUCUUUCAGUUGGCAAGGGGCGAGUCACGAGUAGUUGUUUGAAUAAGGAAGAUGGGAAGAAGUGGUUUUAGAUCACAAGUAAAAGUGGACUUUAUUCCUAUGUGCCGGACGACUUAAUUCCAAAGUCCAACCUAAUUUGCAUUUGCAGAAAUCAAAGAUAUGAUAAUAUUGACGUUUUCCAGUACAAGGUUGUUUGGUUGUCGAUAAAAAUGAAUUUGAAUUGGAUUUCUGGCAGUACCAACUAGAUGAAAACCCAAAAUAUAUACAAACCCACUUUGUCAGUAAAAAGGGCGCGAAAUUCAAAUUUUCUAUGGGAGGACAAUCAUUCGCGCCUAUAUCUUAUAUACUUACAGAUGUAGUGUAUACUUGUUUUCCUUCGUAUUUUCUCGGAAACGUUCGUAUUUGUCAUGCUACUUCAGUCAACCUCAGUACUUUUUGUACUGAGCCUGACUGAAAUAGCAAGACACUUUCGAACGUUUACGUGAAAAUACGAAGGAAAAUAAUUAUGCACUACAUCUCUACAUAAUGUACAUUAUACUUGCCAAAGUAUAGUUAUUUUUUUGCGUAGAGUCCCCUUUGUUACAAAAAGGUAUACGGCCCUUGGCACUUCCUUUUAAAUUUGUGGCGGUAAAAAAAAUUACGACUUUUUUUUGGUAAAUCUUUCCGCUCCCCGCCCCCACAUUACGCUACACCUUAUUUUUAUAAUCAUCUGUUCUCUUAGAUAUAUAUUAAGAAAUUAAACCCAGUAAGCUUCUCGAAUGUAUCAGGGGUUGCGUAUUUCAUUAAGAAUAGGUUUCACACCAGUUAUAAUUUUUCGGUGGGGAUACAUUUGAAUAAUUCAUUACCAAGUGAAAUUAAUUUUGCAAUGUGUAUUUUGGUCUCUAGAUAUAGAUAGGAAUAACAAAACGACAUAAUAAACAAUUCAAUAAGGGUGAGUAAACUGUUAGAGAUACUUAAAAAUAUUAUAAACUAAUGUUUUAACUUUUUAUUUAUUUAUUCGUACUAAAAGUGACAUCGUUAAUAUUUUACAAUCUUUAUUCUUAUGUUCCUUUAUCCUCGGCGAAAACGCCACAAUAUAUUAUGUAAGACUGUUCUUUUUAUAUUUUAGGUUGUAGAUUUUUUUAUGUCAUAUAUUGUUUUGUUCAAGAUCUCUAAUAAAUACUACAACAGUGAUAUAAAGCAUAAUAAAAAUAAUAAAUAAAAGAGGCUUUUUAGAUAGGCACUUAUAUAUCUAGCAAAUUCAAAACUUGUACUAGUUUUAACUUUGUUGUAAAAACUUUGCAUAAUUAAAUUUUCAUAUAUUUAGACAUGUUUUCUUAUGAAAUAAUGAUGUUGUAUU